GGCGAAAAGCAGGAAGUGCUGAAUUGUCAUUGACAGCAGUGCAGAUUUGUGUUUACCUCUGUAUUUAUGAAACUCUAGUGCAAAAACUUUGUGACAGACAGCUUGUUCUUCUCAACGGAACAGAUAGUGACCACGUAACCCGCCCUCGGAGGAACAUAUGAUCGAGGUUUGAGGGAACUGCGGAGAAAAUGAGUCGAAGCCGGAACCCCCCACAGAAGGGCCAGGGGGCCGCCAGGGCCAAACAGAUGGGACUGCUGUUGGAUUUGGCUCCUGAUGGUGGGCUGGAUGACUCUGGAGGAAAUGAGGAGGAGCUAGAGGCAGAGCUUCUGGCCUUGAUGGGAGGAGGAGGGAGAGGCGGACCAGCGGGCAGGAAGCCUGGAGGAAAAGCUCCGGUUCCCAUGGAGGACAUUGAGAGGAUGGCAGCUCUUUGUAUGAAAGACCUGGACGAGGACGGAGACGAUGACGGUGAUUUGGAGAAUGAUGCUGAUCUCUUGGCCGAGCUGAAUGAGGUGUUGGAAGACGAGGAGCAAGUGGUCAGGAAACCCCCUCCGUCACCAGCACCUCCUCAACGCUCAAAUGCAGCGCCCCAGUCCACAGCCAGCCUGGAGUCCCGCCUGCAAGAGCGGUUAGACAUGUACCAAACAGCCAUUACCAACGCCAAGGCUGCGGGAGAGACCAGCAAAGCACGGCGAUACGACCGCGGACUGAAGACUCUACAGUCUAUGCUGACAUCAGUUAAAAAGGGGAAACCCAUCAAUGAAGAUGAGAUUCCUCCUCCUGUGGCCACUGGUGGAAAACCCUCCGCUGCGCCGCAGGCCGAGCCAAUCAGAGAGCAAGAGAAACCUGCUCCAGCAAACACGCCACCGCAGACGGCUAACGUGAAGCCAGUCGCUCCACCCAAACCUCAGCUGCUACAGCCUCCAUCAGCGAGACCAAUGGCCGUAACACCUGAUACACCAGCCAUAUCGCCCCUCACGCCCAGCCAGCCCAACGCACAGCACUCAGAGCUCAAAGCGAGUAUAUUGAGCAGACAGAGAGAGUAUAAGCUGGCAGCCAUAAAGGCCAAACAGAGCGGAAACACUGACCAAGCCAAACAACUCUACCAAGUGUCCAAGAGGUUAGACUCACUGCUGGAGACGGUUGACCAAGGGGUGAUUGUUGACAUCAGCUCACUGCCGCCUCCUCCUGCUGAGGUCGAAGUGCCACGUUCAAACCCUCCCCAGCUGUCCUCUAAACCAGCCGCCCCUCCUGCUGCACCCGCUGCUGCCCCAGACACAGUUCUCUCUGCUCCCCGGAGCGUCGCCGAGGCCUUACAGCAGCGCAUGGACAAAUACAAAGAAGCUGCGGAGAGCGCCAAGAGCAAAGGAGAUGACCGCAAAGCACGCAUGCACCAGCGCAUAGUCAAGCAAUAUCAAGAUGCCAUUAAAGCUCAUAAAGCAGGACGGCCUGUGAAUUUGGCAGAACUUCCUGUUCCACCAGGUUGUCCUCCACUGCAGGGCACCGAGGGAGGCAACCAGAACUUUAUGGGUGUCCUGGAGACAGCCAUGAAACUGGCCAAUCAGGAUGCAGAUGCUGACGCGGAUGAAGACGAGGAGCCACAAAAGGUAGCGUCAAAGCCAUCAGCUCAGCCUGCCGUUCAGAAAUCAAGAGCUCCCGCUCCUCCGAAAGCCCCGUCCACCGCAGGGACGCCCACUGGCUCCACAAACGCCCCCAAACCAGGAGGGAAAGCCCAGCAGCAGCUGGAUUUCCUGACGAUGCGCAGGCAGCAGUUUGUGAAGGCGGCGCUGCGCUCUAAAGAGAUGAAGGACAUGCAGGGCGCUGCACAGCACCUCAGAAAUGCUAAAGGCAUGGAUUCCAUGAUCAAUGCCGCCAAGGCCGGACUUCCUGUUGACAUCACCAAGGUGCCAGGCGCUCCGGUCAGUGAGGAGGACUACAGACUGUCUCAGUCUCGCUCGUCGGCCGUGUCUCCGCGCUCGGCUGAGCAGUACACACAGCUCAUGGGACAGCUCAAACAGCAGCACGAGAAAUGCCUGGAAUACUCCCAGCAGUUCACUCAUAUGGGGAAUGUAGCAGAAACUGCCAGGUUUGAGAAGCUGGCAGAGGAAUGCAUGAGUAAUAUUGAAAUACUGAAGAAAGCUCAUGCCAAAGGCCGAUCAGUACCCAAGUACCACACAGAGGAGCGCACCUUCAACUCUUUCAAGAUCUUUCCUAACCUGACAUCCAGUGACAUGGUACUGACCAUCGUGAAAGGAAUCAACCUGCCCGCUCCUCCAGGAGUUUCCGCCAACGAUCUGGAUGCAAGUGUGCGUUUUGAGUUUCCGUUCCCCAGUGCGGAAGAAGCUCAGAGGGACAAAACCAGCACUGUGAAAAACACCAACUGUCCAGAGUUUAAAGAGCAGUUCAAGCUGAACAUCAAGCGAGAUCACAGAGGCUUUAAGAGGGUCGUUCAGGCCAAAGGCAUCAAGUUUGAAAUCAUACACAAAGGCGGUCUCUUCAAGACGGAUAAAGUGGUGGGAAGCGCUCAGCUAAAGCUAGAAGCCCUGGAGAACCAGUGUGAGAUCCGAGAGAUCAUAGACGUGUUGGACGGACGGAAGGCGACGGGAGGGAAGCUGGAGGUGCGUGUGAAGAUCCGGGAGCCGCUGGGUGGAGUUCAGCUGCAGUCGGUGACGGAGAAAUGGCUCGUCAUCGACCCGCUCACACCUUCGCCUGAGAAAGAGCGAAAGCAGGACAAGAACAAGGAAAAAGAGCGGCAAGCACCCUCUCCAAGAUCCAAACCCCAAAACGAUCAUGACAGGAACUUUAAACCCAGCUCGUCUCCUCCGCAGUAUAAAAUGCACAGCUUCAGCCUGCUUCACCACGACAAAGAGAGGCUGGAGUGGAAGAUCAGUGAUUAUAAGAAGAACAGACGAGAUCCGUCAGAGCUGAUCAAGCAGCACAUGGACGUCUGUCAUCGACUGCAGUGGCAGAAAUCAUACCUGGAGAAACAUCCGGCAGCACUGACAGAAUAUGAAAAUGUGCUGCGGAAGUUCGUUCACGGUCUCUCCGAUUCAGUGAAAACAUUUUCCAGCCAAGGCAACAGGGAUGCAGCGAAAGACGCGCUCGGCCGACUGAAGAUGGUGGAGAACGAGCUGGAGUCCGUCAGGAAGAAACGCGCUGUCAGAGAGUGAAGAAAACUGUUCACACACUUCUGAAAUUAUGGGAAUAUAAAUGAAUCAUGACAGAUGUAAAGGAGCUGCAGAGGGAAACACUACACAUACACACACCGAAGCGCUUUUUGCGUUGCUGCACUUCAUUACUCUGAGGUUCAAACCAUCAGAACACUGCUCGUCUUCUGUAAGGACAGACGUCUGAAUGUUUCCAGUGAGAUCAGACUCCUCUCACCUCAUGAAAAAAUGAAGAUAAAUCAUAGACUAUAGGGGGAAUCUCACAAAAACCCAUCAAGAACAUGGCUGGGUCAUCUUUCAGACCAAAAUCAAAAGAUUUGAAAUUAUAUUUUGGAUAAAGCAAAUUUUCUCUUUACCAUUAUGAUUUUCUUUUCUUUUUUUUUUUUUUGCAUUGUGACUUUUUUAAUAAUAAUUAAGCACAUUUAAA